AUGGCAAUGGCAUGUGGCAGCAGCUGGGGCCCAGCACAAGCCCAGAUGGGAGCAGCGGCAGUCAGGGCCAAAGGCUGGCGAGCGGCAGCGAAGCCUGGCAUGCCUGAUAGAGGUCAGCAGAGACAGUUGGCAGCAAAUUCACUUGGCAAGCAGAGGCCAGUUUUAGCCCAGCAUAGGGGAGAUCCUCCAGCAGAUUCAGGUCCUUGCUUAGAGCAUCAACUGGCCUUCGAAAGGAGCUGCUAUGAGAUUGUUCAGCUGAAGCGUAGUUUUCAGGAAGCUCAGAAAUGGUGUGAGCGGGGUGGGGGACAUAUUGCUUUCAUCCCGAAUGAAGAAACGCAAGAGUUUAUCAAGAAGCACCUUGCAGCAGAUAAAAACUGGUGGAUUGGGCUGGCUCCAUGGAAACAGAACUUAACACAGGAAGAAAUGGCCACAGAUGUCCUGGCCUGGUUUGAUGGUACCAAUAUCACAUAUAAUAACUGGUCCCCAGAACAUCAAUCCUCUUCAGCAGUGACUUGUGCUUACAUCCUCAAGAACUCUGGACACCACUGGAUGGGUGCAACCAACUGCAACCAAGAGUUUUACUUCAUUUGUGAAUUGGAGUCUGACCGAGCAUUUGCCUGUGAUCACUUUAAUGCUACACUACAGUGCCCAUCUGGGAAUGUAAUUGAAAUUGAUAGCGGCUUUUAUGGCCGUAAAUCUCUCGCUUACUGUUCCACUGAGAUUGUAGCUCCAACUGAAUCAGAGGAAUGCAGCUGGAUUGAUGUGAAAGAAGAAGUGGCAGGACAGUGCCACGGGCUACAGGCGUGCCAAUCUACAGCCGAUCAGGCAUCCUUUGGAAAUCUUUGUCCAAGAUUCGGCAAUUACCUUGUCAUAGACUACCAUUGCAAAGAAGGUCUCCUUUUGCUGGUGGAUGACAUGCACUCAAUCCUAGAAAAUGUCACCAUUUCUCCAAACUGGUUGCUACAUCCAUAUUCUGGAAACCUCACCUGUACACUCAACACUGGCGAUGGCUUUGUGAUUGAUCCCUAUAAUCCACUGCUGCCUUCGAGCAAUGUGAGUCACAGAUAUAUGACCCCAGGACUCUUCACUAUCAAUGUUGAAUGUACAACUAGCGAAUGGCAUGUGGCAGCCCAGAAAACUGUAUCUAUCCAACAACCAAUCAGUGAUUUUGGAAUCAUCAAAUGCUGUAAUGUUAAUCAAUCAGAAGACAAUAAUAACUGCAGUGUUCUGUAUGGGGAUCCACUUUGGAUUCAGCUUGAAGUUGAAGAAGGUACAGAUGUGACAUACGUUGUACGAGCAGGAGCAGUUGUCCUUCAAACAUUCACUGUGUUCAGAGGAAGCAGUCCUCAGAAUGUCACGAUAGAAGGUGCUGCUCAGCUUCAGAUAGGACCAGGCAUACAUCAACUAACCAUUCUCGCUAAGAAUAAUGUGACAACUCACGAGUUAUCUCAGAACAUUACGGUUCAAUUGGUAGAGCCAAUCAAGGAUUUGCAAGCUACUGUAAAUUCAGCAGUUCUGGAGUUGGGAAAUGAUCUCACUGUUAACAUCUCAGUGUCGAGUGGUGCCCCAAUUGAGCUACAGUUUGAAUUUAUUGGUACUAAUGAGACAUUUUCUGAAGCCAUUGAAAUUCCUGAUGGAAACGUGGGGGCUUACAGCAUUCCAAUGAAUUCUGAAGGUACUUUUCUGGUUAGAGGGAAUGCCAUCAAUGCAGUUUCUAGACUUAGUUUUAAUGUUGGAAGUAUCACUGUUGUAGCAAAUACUUCAAAUGAGAUACACCCUGAUAUGGAUGAAGGAGCUGCCUUACUUCAUGAAAAAGAGGACCAAGCCAAAUUGUCUCCAACAAAAUCACUUCUGAAAGGGGAUCCAGAUGAGAAACUACAGUUAGAAAGUUAUCAAGCUAAAAUAAAUGGUGGGCAACUGGAAGCGGCAAAUCCCUUUACCCAGCUUGUUCUGAGUGGGAGGAAAUCGAAGCAUCACAUCAUGGAUGACCGUAGUGAAAUGACUUUCCAGUGGUCAUGUGGUAUAUGCUGGCCAUUAUGGGAUAUUUGUGUGCAAAAGAACCAAAUUGUUACAGCUUACCAAGACCUGACCAUCCAUCCAUCUUGCCUACCUCCACCUAAUUCUUUCAUUUCAAUCAAACUAACUGUAAGUAAACCUGACACAAUGAACAGUACAGCAGAAAAAUGUCUGAUCUUCACCAAGAAGAGCAAAAAGGGCAUGAAUAUCAGAUGCAAGAACAAUUGCAGUCCAGUGGACAUUUCAAAAAGUGUUACGUUGAUUGUUGAUUGUCAAGAUUGCAAGAAUCCAGUUAAAUAUAAUUGGUAUAGAGUGAAUCCUUCAAAACACCAGAUCAACCUGCCUCCUGCCUGUAAUAUCAAACAGGCAAAUAUUGCUCGGGAAUCAUUGACCUUAAUGCGGGAAAACACAGCUGUUCUUGUCUUGGGACAGGAAGAUCUUGUUAAUUUUGCUCCUGUAUUAAAAGUGAGGGCAGUCGGGAUAAGUGACAGUGGCGAUUAUAAAUACAAAGAUUACAUUGUUAGUAUGAUGCCUCCACUACCAGAGCUGUCCUGUAUUGUUUUUCCCGGAGAAGGAUCAACAGUCACAACAAAAUUCAGUGCAAAAUGCACCGUCGCCUGCAGCUCUAACUCAUCCUGCAAUUCUUCAGACCUUACUUACUGUUUCUUUGUGAAACCAGAUGUUCCUUUACACUGUGAUUCACAACCAAUAUUGCCACCUACUUACUUACCACUGGGAGACAAAAAGAGUGAUAACCGUUUGAAUAUCACAGUCACUGUCAGAAACAGUGUGGGCUCCGUUACCAGUGUUAUUACUACAGUGGUGGUUCGUGAGUUCUCAAACACUGGUAAUGCCAAGGACCUGGAAACACUCUUAUCAGAAAAUUUAGAAGAUACAUCAAAUUCAAUAACUAACAGUUCUUUACUAAUCCAGCUGUUUGAGUCUGUCUCUUCUGAGCUAAAUCAAAAGGCCAGUGAAGGAAUUAUGGGCAAACUGACACUAGAAGACAAAAAGCAGCUGAGGGAAAUCAUGCUCUCAAACUUGUCGAUCGUGAAUGUCUCAUCACUGCACAAGGCUGUUCAAGUUUCAGAAGUUCUAAAACAGCUAACCUACAAGACUGAUGAACUCACUUCUACAUCACAGUUGGAAGCCAGUUCAACGCUUCUAAAUAUGGGAAAAUCAUUGCUGACUUUCAGUGUUGUGGAUGACGAAGAUCCUGAGAAAAGAAUAAUUGCAGCAAACAGCCUCUUUAAUGUGGUUAACAAUGUUUUGGAAGCGGCAGUAGAAAAUGAUGGCCAAGAAGACUUGGCCAUGGAUAUGCAAAGAGUGAUAUCAGAGAAGUUAUUGGACACAAUAGACCAUUUGCAGGCUGUGGUGCUAAAUGAUGCAAUCGCAGAUGAAGAACCUGUGCUAAUGAUGAUGCCCUCAGUAAGCAUGUACCUACAGAGGCUCCCAGCAGACAACACAGAAGGAAAUUCCAUAAUUCUUUCUGAUUCCACUGUGACAAGCUUCACUCUUCCAGCAUUCCAGUCUCUGAACAUUCAAGAUGACAUGGACACUAUUGAUGUGAGGAUGGUGAGUUUUUCAGUGAAUCCGUUCAUGUGGACAAGGAAGAAUGAAGUCUCAGGAGCUGUGAGUGGUCUGAAAUUGACAUCAAUAAACGGCACAGUUCAUUCUGUCCAGAGCCUGACAGAGGACAUUGAGAUAAUACUUCCUAGAUCUAAUGUGAUGCAUGAAAAUCGGACAGAAUUUAAGUUGGGAAACAAUCUCACUACCGUUCAAGUGAAUGUGACCUCAGAAGGUGGAACUCUCCUGAUUCACCUGGAACCUGAGCAACGCAUUCCCCUGCUUCUAUAUUUCAACGAUGCAGACGGGCCAAAUGAGACCAACUUUCUAGUUUCCACACAGCUACCUAAUACUCAAUAUACUGGAGAUGCAAAAUAUACCUGGCUUAUUUCUGCUGCUGUGUUGAUACAUGGAGCGGGAAGUUAUUAUUUAUCUGUGAAACCUGAUCCAGAUCUAAACUCUUCACAACUAACUAAUAUUACUGUGGCUUUCACUUCUUUUAUAUCCCAGUGUGUAUACUGGGAUGAAGUUUACAACAACUGGAGUUCAUCUGGAUGCCGUGUGGGCCCUUUAACAACAAUGCACAGUACUCAGUGCCUGUGCAGCCAUCUCACCUUCUUCAGCAGCUCCUUUUUGGUCAUGCCCAAUGCAGUUGAUGUCAGCAAGACAGCAGAACUGUUUACCACUUUUGUUGAUAACCCAGUGGUUGUUACAACUGUUGCCUGCAUUUUUGGACUCUACAUCCUUGCUGUGGUUUGGGCAAGAAGAAAAGAUAAGCAAGAUAUGACCAAGGCAAAAAUAACACUACUUGCUGACAAUGACCCAUUCGCCCAGUAUCGCUAUCUGGUGACAGUUUUUACAGGACAUCGCCGAGGUGCAAGUACAACAUCUAAGGUGACUAUUACAUUAUAUGGCUCAGAGGGAGAGAGUGACCCACAUUUCCUUACUGACCUUGAGAAACCUAACUUUGAGAGAGGAGGUGUUGAUGGAUUUCUUCUAACAACACUUUUCCCACUUGGGGAUCUCCAGCGCAUUCGACUGUGGCACGACAAUUCGGGGUCCAGUCCAUCCUGGUAUGUGAAUCGUGUCACAGUGCUUGACUUAGAAACAGAUGAGCGAUGGUGUUUCCUGUGUAACUCCUGGUUGUCUAUUGAUGUUGGAGACUGUCUUUUGGACAAAGCUUUUCCAGUUGCAACUGAAAUGGACCUGAAACGUUUUAGUAACCUGUUCUUCAUGAAGACUGCUAAUGAUUUUCGGGAUGGACAUAUUUGGUACUCGGUUCUAAACCGCCCACCAAGGAGCCCCUUUACAAGAGUACAACGUGUGUCUUGCUGUUUCUCCUUGCUCCUCUGUACAAUGUUAACAAGUAUUAUCUUCUGGGGAGUGCCAAAGGAUCCUGCCGAGCAAAAAAUGGAUCUGGGCAAGAUUGAAUUUACCUGGCAGCAAGUGGUGAUUGGUUUCGAGAGCUCACUGCUUAUGUUCCCCAUCAAUCUUCUCAUCGUGCAGAUUUUCAGAAACAUCCGACCAAGAUCUAAGGGGAGGCAUAUGGAAAGGAAACAAGGCAAACAUGGCCGCAUAUCGCCUUCUUUACCAGCCUCUUCUCAAAGUCUACAAACUUGCUCACUUACACCUGAAGCUGUUAUAAAGGAUAUCCAGAGAAUUGCAAACUCCCUAACUAAAACUUUGAAGAACCCAUUACCAACACUGGAUAAGGAUUUGAGGCAAACAACUGAUAUCAACAAACUUUUGGCAUUAGUUGAAAGUAUUAUCCGGGAACAAAAUAAAAUCGACCAUGAGUUUUACAAUGACAGUCGUAAGAAAGAGGACACUCUCAUUCUCAGCCUUGGAUCAGUUGACUUACAAGAACACACCACAAGCUCUGAUUCUGAAAAGGGUGUGAUGGAUAAACAAAGGCGAAGUGAUUAUAAUCGUUAUCUAUACCUGCAGCUUCAGCAUGUGGAGAAUGAAUUGGAUUUUCUGGGCUCAAGCAAAUUCCACAAUCCACAGAGCUAUACUCGAGCUGUCCAGCAAGUUCAUCACAUGAAAGACCUUCUGGAGAAUGCUAUACUGUGUUCCAAUUCAGUUUCAGAAAGGUUCUCUCCUACCCCUAGUCUUUCUGAGGACAAUAAAAAGGGACAUUGUUCUAAAGGGUUACCGUGGUGGUUUGUCUUCGUUGGUUGGGCUUUGAUUGCAGUGACCAGUGGUGUAUCGGCCUUCUUUACCAUGCUGUAUGGAUUACACUAUGGCAAAGACAGUUCAAUCAAAUGGCUCAUCUCCAUGGCCAUCUCUUUCUUUGAAAGUGUUCUGAUUACACAACCUUUGAAGGUGUUGGGUUUUGCUGCUUUCUUUGCACUGGUUUUGAAGAAAGUAGAGCAGGAAGAUGAUGCCGAAGGUCCAAUUGACGGUACAUUAUCUAUUUCAGGAGAUCCCAAUGCAUUACUGGCAACUCGCAGAGACAGCAGCAGCAAUAUCUACCAGCCACCACCUCAGAUUGAGGUUGAACACAUGAAGAAAAAUUCCAUAAAGGAGCAGAAGGUAUUUGGCUUGAUCAGGGAAAUACUUGCCUAUUUGGGAUUUCUGUGGAUGUUGCUGUUGGUUGCUUAUGGUCAGCGAGAUCCAAAUUCCUAUUAUCUAAAUAAAGCUAUUGAAACCAGCUUCACCAGUGGUUUUGAUGACAUCUUGAGUUACAAUGAUUUCUUCCAGUGGGCAAACAGUACGCUCAUUACAAAUUUAUUUGGCUUCUACCCAGGUUUUGUCACUGACGGCAAUUCGAAGCUGGUUGGGUCUGCCCGCAUUCGUCAACUGAGAAUAAAGAAUAAUAUUUGUCGCAUUCCAAGAAAACUGAAGAGUUCUAUAAAGGAAUGCCAUGCUCUGUAUUCCUUGGAUAAUGAAGACCUCUCUGACUAUAAUCUCCACUGGAAUGCAUCAGAGUCUCAGAGUUCCUCAGACCUGGACUGUGUCUGGAAAUACCGGAGCCAAACAGAAUUGCGUAGUUAUCCAAUCUGGGGCAAACUUGCCAUGUACAGAGGAGGUGGAUACAUCGCAGAGUUGGGUACAGAUGCACAGGAUGCUUACAGGGUUCUCAAAUAUCUAUUUGACAACACUUGGCUGGAUACCUAUACCAGAGCCAUUUUUGUGGAAUUCACAGUCUAUAAUGCAAAUGUGAAUCUUUUUUGUAUUGCUACCUUAAUAUUAGAAAGUAAUGCUGUAGGGGCCUUCUUUACUCAUUCUACUCUUCAAAGUAUCCGUCUCUAUCAGUACACAGAUGGGCUGCACAUUUUUGUUGUUGCAGCUGAAGUGGCAUAUUUCCUCUUCCUCAUCUAUUACAUGGUGAUUCAGGGAAAACUAUUGAGGGAACAGAAGUGGAAUUAUUUCAGAAGCAAAUGGAACCUUCUGGAGACAGCCAUUAUUAUGAUCAGUUGGAGCACACUUUCUGUAUUUAUAAAGAGGACCAUUUUGGGAAAACGGGACAUUGAGCAUUAUCACAAUCACAGAAAGGGGUUUGUGAGUUUCUACGAGACCGCAAUGGCAGAUGCAAUCAUGGGUUACCUGAUUGCCUUCCUUGUUCUCCUAGCAACCAUCAAACUUUGGCAUCUGCUGCGCAUUAAUCCCAAGCUCAACAUGAUCACCUCUACUUUAAGAAGAGCAUGGGGUGACAUCUCAGGCUUUCUGACUGUCAUUUUGAUCAUGUUUCUUGCCUAUUCUAUUGCAACAAAUAUAAUGUUUGGUUGGAGCAUGUCCUCCUACAAGACUAUAUUUGAUGCUGCAGAAACAAUGGUCAGUCUUCAAUUGGGGAUCUUCAACUACGAAGAGGUAUUAGACUACAACCCGAUCCUGGGCUCAUUUCUGAUUGGAUCUUGCAUUGUCUUUAUGACAUUUGUAGUCCUGAAUCUCUUUAUUUCUGUUAUUCUCGUGGCAUUUAGUGAGGAGCAGAAGAAUUACAAGGCUUCUGAAGAAGAAGAAAUAGUAGACCUAAUGCUGACAAAAUUGUGCAGCUUCUUAGGGAUCAAAAAUAAGAAGGGUUCCAGUCAGUCAGGAGACUGACCAAAUAAAAAGUCGUCAUGAGCACCAGGCAGCUAAUAGCAGUGAGCAUUCUACAGCGUGCAAUUUAUUUGUUGCAUUAUUUAGUAGAUUACUUUAGGAAUAUCAAUAAAUAUAAAUGCAACAUGAUGUUAACAAUUAACAUUUAAGUAAACUGGCUCUUGUGCAUGUUUGUUUUAUUGUAGUGCAUCGAUGUGCCGAAAUAAAG